AGAAUGGAAUAUACUAGGUGGGUGUUUGUGAUAGUUUUUCAAAAAAGUUUAUUAGCUUUUUAUAAUAAGCUAAAAAAUGUUUGUGUAUUUAAAAAGCGUUUUUUAAAAUAAUUUUUUGGAUAGAAAAAGUAAAGCUUUAAAAAAGUUGAAAUUUUUUAGCUUUUUAGCUUUUUAACUAUUUUACUCCUGAAAAAACUGUUUUUCUUAUCCAAACACUUUUUAAAAUUAGUUUUUCCUAAAAGCCAUAAGUUAAUAAGUAUUUUUCUUAAAAAUCACUUUUGAGAUAAAAAAAGCUAACCCAAACAUAUCUUAUAUUUUUUGGGAUAAAAUAUGAAAAAGGGUUUGAAGAUGAAAUACUUAAAAUAUAGAGUAAAUUACACGAAUGGUCCCUGUGGUUUAGGGUAAUUUGCAUGUUUGGUCCCUAACUUAUUUUUUUAACUCGGAAGGUCUCUACUAUUUGUUGUUUAUACGAGUUUGGUCACUUUCUUACCUAAAAAGACUAUUUCGCCCUUGAUUUUUUAAUUUAUUUAAAUAAACACACCCCAACCCACCCCCUCACCUUGCCUUACCUACCCCACCAUUUUUCCCUAUUUAAAUAUUAAUCUUUUUAGGUAAGAUAGAGACUAAACGCGUAACAAAAACAAACAAUAAGGACAAAGCGCAUAACAAAAACAAAUAGCAGGAACCUUCUGAGUUAAAAAAAUAAGUUAGAAACCAAACGCACAAAUUACCUAAAACCAUAGGACCAUUCGUGUAAUUUACUCUAAAAUAUAAAAUAGGAUUAAAGAUAAAGCACUGUAAUGGGGUUGGGUACUUAGAUGUUUUAAACUAAAACCCUCUCCUUCCUCACCCUCCUGUCUUGUUCCCUGCGUAACCAUGAUACACAGACAUUGACUUUACAGUUGAAGGAAUUGACUCUGAGUCACCGAGUAUUGUUCCCCGUUACGAGUAGAACAACACACUGUAGCGUUUGGAGACUUCUCAGAGACAAUAGAGAAGUGUAGACUUUACUUUCUCAAAAGAAAAUGUUCCCGGAUGUACACGAAACAGAAUCCGAGAAGAUUGUGUACACAUACAACAUUGAUGAUUUGGUGAUGGAAGAAAGUCAAUCAUCAGGUCAAUGCAUGACAAAUAUGGAAGAUUCCAUUGCAACUGUGGAAGCCAUAUUGAAGUAUAAGUUCAACAACAAAAGUUUGUUGGAAGCAGCCUUAACGCAUUCUUCUUACAGUGGGUCCCACUCUCAGUCGUACCAACGUCUUGAACUCCUAGGUGAUUCUGUUCUUGGACUUGUCACUGCGAAUGUUGUCUACUUGGCUUACCCUGACCUUGACCCUGGUCAAAUCUCUAACCUCCGUGCCGCCAAUAUUAGUAAUGAAAAACUUGCACGCGUGGCGGUCUGCAGCGGCCUUUACAAAUAUGUCCGCCACAAAAACAUUUCUCUCAAUGAUAAGGUUAGGGAAUUUGUGAUUGCGGUAGAAGAAGAAGAUGGGAUGGUAGUGUAUGGUGGAAAGAUGAAAGCUCCAAAGGUGCUUGCUGAUAUUGUUGGAUCAGUUGCUGGAGCUGUAUAUGAAGAUUGUGGGUUCAAUUUGCAAAUCCUAUGGGUGGUGAGUGGUUUGGAUCCUAUACAUCUCUUCAAAUUCGAUUUCCGCAACCAGCUUUACAAAUAUAUCCGCCACAAAACCAUUGAUCUCAAUGAUAAGGUUAGGGAAUUUGUGAUCGCGGUUGAAGAAGAUGAGAUGGUAGAUUAUGGUGAACAAAUGAAAGCUCCAAAGGUACUUGCUGAUAUUGUUGAAUCAGUUGCUGGAGCUGUUUAUGAAGAUUGUGGGUUCAAUUUGCAAAAACUGUGGGUGGUAAUUAGAGAGCUACUUGAACCGAUGAUUAUGCUGAAUGUGCUAGAGAAACAGUCACAACCUGUUACCAUGAUAUAUGAGGCAUGUGAAAAAGAGGGGAAAAUUGUUGACACCAAGAAGGGGAGGAAAGAGAAAAAAGAGAAUGUCAAACUUCAUGCAGCUGAGGUUGCUUUAUCUAAGUUAACAAGGCUAAAAAGCACUGAUGCAGUAAGUCUACACAUGGAUGUUGAUUGUGGUGAAGCCACUGAGAUUAAAGGUGCUAAACUAAAAAUACAUCAAUUUUGUAACAGGAGAAAGUGGCCAAAAGGGACUUACAGAAUUGAGCAAGAAUUGGGUCCUGCACACAAUAGAAGAUACAUAGCAUCCGUGCAAAUUGAACUUUCUGAUAAGAUAUUUUUCACCAAGGGAGAAGAGAGGUCAAAAGUUAAGGCUGCUGAAAAUUCUGCAGCCUCAAUUAUGUUUUCUUCUUUAAGAGAUUUAGGAUAUUAAUGAAUGUCUAAAAACAAACAACUAACAUAUAUGGAUGUCUAGAAAGAUAUAUGAAUGUCAAAGCAAACAACUCACAUAUGUAUCUAACAUUUUCCUCGUUUGAUCAUUACAAGAGUUAAUUUGAUAA